GGUUCGUGCCAUAUUGGAACGAGGCAGAGGACAGGAGAAAGACGGGGGUAACGUUUUAAAUUUACUUGGAAGAACUAGGAAAAGUUGGAUCAAAGUGGUUUUAGCUAUUGCUAAUACAGUCUCCUGGGUGGUGUUGGGAACACAGUAGGGGCAUCAUGAACCCCGAGACACAGGAAUCUGAAGGCGGCUCUGAACUGGAGUCUGACUUCAACUGGGAUGAAUAUCUAGAGGAGAAUGGAGUAUUGGCGGUUCCACAUCACGCCUUCAAACAUGUAGACCGUAGCCUGCAGACAGGGCUGGCUCCAGGGAUGAGUUUGGAGGUGUGUGUGCGUUCGGAGCCUGACCAACCCUACUGGGUGGCAACCAUCAUCACCACCUGUGGCCAACUGCUGCUGCUGCGCUACGAGGGUUACCACGACGACCGACGAGCAGACUUCUGGUGUGACAUCAUGAACUCUGACCUCCACCCUCUGGGCUGGAGCAGACAGCACAGGCAACCAAUGAGACCGCCUGAGGGUGUCCGUGAGAAACAUGCUGACUGGGAUGCUGUCCUAGAGGAGGCUCUGGCUCAGGGAGGGAGUGCACCAGCACACCUACURGAGGGGGCCCAGACAGGGGGAGACCUGUUCCCCCUGGGGUGGUGUGUGGAGCUGCAGGACAGUGUAGACCCGGGGGUGGCCUGGGGGGCCCAGGUGGAGGACAACGUAGGGGGCCGGCUGUGUCUGCGCUACACUGGGACGGAGGGGCUCACCCAGUCACAGACCAGGCGCUGGGUAUUCUACCUGGACCCCCUCUUACACCCACCUGGCUGGGCUGAGGAGAACAGCUUCUCUCUCACCCCACCUGCUGUGCUUCGUGGUUUGCGCAGCGAGACAGAGUGGGAGGAGGUGAGAAAGAACAUUAGACAGCCUAAAGAAGAGGCCAUCAAUGAAGACUUCUUUAAGGACAGGCCAGUCCUCUCUCCUCACUGCUUCUCUGAGGGGAUGAAGUUAGAGGCAGUGGACCCCGCUGCCCCCUUCAACACCAGCCCAGCUACUGUCACCAAGGUGCUGAGCAACCAGUACUUCAGGGUGCAGAUGGACAGCCUGCAGGGAGACAGUGAAGGGGCGGGGCCUGGCUUAUCCUUACUCUGUCACUAUGGGAGCACCGGAAUCUUCCCUGCCCAAUGGAGCCUUAAAAAUGGGGUACCCCUCAGUCCCCCUCCAGGUUACCAGGGCCAGAACUUUGACUGGGUGGAUUAUCUGAAACAGUGUGGAGCGGAAGGAGCGCCAGAGAACUGUUUCCCCAUGGUGUUUUCUCCCCAGGGGCAGAGUGAUCAUGACUUUGUUGAGUCCAUGAGGUUGGAGGCGGUGAAUCCUGUCUCUCCUGAGCAAGUUCACGUGGCAACCGUAACCAGGGUCAGAGGUCAGCACAUCUGGUUGCAUCUGGAAGGGUUGAAGCAGCCUCUCCCUGACAUCAUCACUCAUGUGGACUCCCUGGACAUCUUUCCAGUCAGCUGGUGUGAGAGUAAUGGCUAUCCCCUCCAACACCCCUACAAACCUAGAGCUCAGAGGAAGAGCCGUGUGGCCGUGGUGCAACAAGAGAAGCAAUCUCCACUUAAAGCCACGGCCCCUGAUGCAGCGAGGCAGCAGGAUCUGAACCAAUCGGAGAACGCAGCUCAGGGUAACGGGAAGUACAGCUGCCCAAAGAUCUAUUUCAACCACCGCUGUUUCUCUGGCCCCUACCUGAACAAGGGCCGUAUCGCUGAGCUGCCCCAGAGCAUUGGCCCUGGCAACUGUGUCCUGGUGCUGAAAGAGGUGUUGACUCUGCUGAUCAGCUCGGCCUACAAGCCCAGCCAGGUGCUGAGGGAGCUGCAGCAGGACCCAGAGCUCAGGGGGCAUGGCCAGGGAGAGACUCUGAAGGCCAAGUACAAAGGGAAGAGUUACCGGGCCACUGUGGGGAUUGCCCGUACAGCUGACCAGGUGGCUGAGUUCUGCAGGAAGACGUGUGUGAGGCUGGAGUGCUGCCCCAACCUGAUCGCACCUCACAUGGUGCUGGAACACUGCUCGGAGAACUGCUCCCUUCUCACCAAGACCAAAUACACUCAUUACUAUGGUAAGCAGAAGACCAAGCGAAUCAGCCUUCCCCUUGGCGGUUACAACAACCUGGAGAGCAGCACCAAGCAGGGGAGCAGGAGGAAGAAGAGAAAGCCCCUAUUUGUCCACAAGAAGAAACACCUGUCUACCUCUGUAGACAGCACCCCUGCUGGCUCCCCACUGGCUAGUGGAGAAGAGGAGGACCUGGAUGAGGACUACUCUCUGAGUGAGGAGGACUCAGGCUCAGAGCCGCAGGAUGACUAUGAGGUAUCAGAGAGGAAGUCCCAGCCCCCCUCUCCCUCCCCCUGUCCCACCCCUACAGAACCUCGCCCCCGGAACAGACCCCGUCGCCAGCGCAGGAAACCCGCCCGCUCACCCUCCUACUCAGACGAUGAGAACGGGCCCACCUUACCUAAGAGUGGGCGGGUGGAGGUGCAGGAGAAGCUGCAUCUGGACAGCAGUCCACUGGGCUGGAGCAUCACUGAUGUGACCCGAUUCAUCAGAACUACUGACUGUGCCCCGCUGGCACGCAUAUUCAGGGACCAAGAGAUAGAUGGCCAGGCCCUGCUGUUGCUGAGCCUGCCCACAGUACAGGAGUGUAUGGGGCUGAAGCUGGGCCCUGCCAUCAAACUGUGCCACCUUAUAGAGAGGGUCAAACUGACCUUUUACCAGCACUUUGCCAGCUGAGGUGUGUGUGUGUGUGUGUGUGUGUGUGUGUGUGUGUGUGUGUGUGUGUGUGUGUGUGUUGUGUUGUGGUGUGUUUGGUCUCAAGCUCAUUACUAAGCCAUAUCACAUCCAGCGUUGUUGUAAUGUACAGUAUGUGCUGCUCCAGGAUGGACACAGCUUAUAGCCUCAGCUGUUCACCCUGGAAUGUGACUGGAUUCUGUAUCUUUCAGGGAUUUCAUGUUUACAGUGCCUUCAGAAAGUAUUCAUACCCCUUGACUUAUUAUACAUUUUGUUGUUACAGGCUGAUUCAUAA